UUUUCCUACAAAAACAUGGAUAAAGACAAAGAGGAUACAAAUGACAGUGACAAAGGUCAAGGGUCAGAGGAUGAAGAAAGUGAAGAAAUUGAAGAGGUUCUGGAAGGGGUUGUGUCUCAAGAUGAAGAAAGUGGAGGGAGUGGUGAGCCAUUGAUGGUUUUGGAAAAACUAAAUGGAAACACAGAAAAAGAUCAAAAAGUUCCCCAAGAAGAUAAUGAUGAAAAUAAAAAAAAUCUAAGUUUUUCCACUGAGGAUUCAGAAAGUUCAACUAUCAGUGAGAAACAAUAUUCUGAACAGAAAGAAACUGACCUAGGUCACAUCGGUCAACAUGACACCUUGCAGUCAGCUGAUGACCCAAUAAUUAGUGACGAAGACGAUAGUGAUAGAAUAGAGUUGGAGAACAAACUUACCAAAUCUAAUCUGAAAGAGGUUGUGAGUGAUACAGAUAUAUCUGAAAUUGUGAUGCAAGAUCCUGCAUCUGAUCGAGAAAUUCUUGACAAAGAAGAGGAAGGAAAGGAUGAUGCAAGUGAAGAGAAUGUUAACAGUGUAAGUGAUGACAAUGAGUUGAAUGUGUCAAUGGAUCAUUACAUGGAGUUUCCAACAGUUAUGCAGAACAGAGGCGCUGUUUUAGUACCGAAUGGAGCUUACAAUAUUGCAAACGGAGCUUACAAUAUAGCGACAACAGUUCCAUCUAGUACACCAAACAGAUCUGCAGACACUGAUGAUAUACUUAAUGCUGUUUAUGACAGAGAAUCAGUGGUAAGCGACAUAACUGAACCUAAUAUUGCCGAGACAGAAUCCAGCAAUGAACCUGGCUACAGCCGAUACGACAGCUUGAGGUCAAAGUACACAAGGCCGAGGCCACCACCUCACAGACCAGAGGAUCCUUCCCUGACCUACCUACCAGCAAGAGGGGUCAGAAGUUAUGCCCCAUUCUUGAAGUCCUCCCCGCUUGCUGGAAUGUACGUGGAAAAUGAACAAAGGCUUGAGGACUCUGUGUUGAAGGACAAAGAUACAGAAGAUUAUACUGUCCGAGGCGAAGGUGACAGUCCGUCAAAGAUCCCGGCACGUAUACGGGAGAUCAUCACCAAGAAUCUAGCAUCGGAUGACAAGGGUUUGAAACUAGCCAGCAUGUCCACACCGACACCACAACAGCUGCAGGAGGAGAACAGACUGCUGUCAACAGAGCUGAACCGAGUUGAGGACCUUCUGGCAGCUAGUCGUGCAGAGAGGGAUGAACUUGGCAUCAAGUAUAAUGCACUCAGUGAAAAGCUCGAGCAAUCUUUGAAAGGCGAUAGUCUCGAAGCAGGCGACUCGACGUCUAAACCCCUCCUUCAGCAGAAUAUAGACCUACGUCGGAAACUUGAAGAAGAACACGCCAGUUACAAGCGCAAAUUGCAGGCAUACCAGGACGGGCAGGCUCGUCAGGCACAACUAGUCCAGAAAUUACAGGCAAAGCUUUUACAAUACAAGAAAAAAUGCACGGAUUAUGAAGAUAACCUCAAAUUUAAAGAGAUUAUGGAGCGUGACACUGAGAAAAAGGUCCUGCAGUACAAACGUAAAUGCACCGAGUUAGAGCUGGAGUCAGCCUCUGGCAAUAACGAAAGUAUUCCUGAAUCUUCCGGGAGUAGAGAGCAAACACCUUCUAAAGCAUCUGGUGAUAGAUCUUUACAGAGUACACACGAUAGACUAGAUAGUACCGAGGCCCGUUUAAGGAUGGCUGAGUCAGAACAUAACACAGACCUCGAGCAGGCCCUCAUCAAGUUGGAGGAGGAGCAACAAAGGUCUGCCAGUCUUGCUCAUGUGAAUGCCAUGUUGAGGGAACAGUUAGACCAGGCGACAGCAGCUAACCAGUCAUUAACCAGCGAUAUCCACAAGCUCACCGCUGAUUGGCAAAAAGCCAGGGAAGAACUUGACAUCAAAGAAAAUGAGUGGAGGGAGGAGGAGCAGAGCUUCAACGAUUACUUUAGUGCGGAGCAUGGCCGUCUUCUCUCUCUGUGGCGUGCGGUUGUCGCUUUUCGUCGCAACUUCAGCGAGCUGAAGACAGCUACAGAGAGAGAUCUGUCUCACGUGCGUCAGGACGUGACAAAGGCGGCCCGAAGCAUGCAUACAGCUUGUCUCAACUUGAAUGCCAACAAUCGCAACACGGAAACUCAGUCACAGGUUGCAAUGGACCGGGCUUUAGGUGAACGUCAGUCCAUUGAGAGCCAGUUGAGAGAUGCCCGCCGUGAGGCUGCAGAGCUCCAGGCCCGCUACGAUGCUCACAGUGCCGAGCUUAAUGCAAGGGUGAAUGAACUGACAAUGUCCAAUGAGAAAUUGAAGAUCCAACUUGAAGAGAAGGAUAAGACUGUCAGUAACCUGCGUCGCGCUGUUGAGCAUCUCGAACUGAAAGCAGGGGAGAGAUCCUUUGCUGAUAUGCAUGAGUCCGAGAUGUCUAGAGCAAUCCGCGAUGAAACAGAGUCCCUUCACAACGCACUCAGAAGUAUCGCAGAGUCAGUCCUUAAUGAUGCUGAUGAAGAAAUGCCUGUUGAAGGGGAGACAACUUUGUCAAGAGCACGUUCUACAUCUCCGGUUGCACGUGCCAAGUCACCAACUCUCCGCGCACGUUCCAAGUCACCUCUUGACAGAACUAGGUCACCAGCUUUUGCCGAUGCAACUUUCUCGGCCGUCCAAGCUGCCCUCAACAAGAGACAGUUGCAGGUCGCAGAGUGCCGUGCCAAGUUGGCGGCGCAGAAAGAUCAUAACGCUGCACAGAAGAAGCUGAUGGAUGACAUGGAAAAUGAGAAGAGACGAUUGGAACUACAGAUCCUGAACCUGAAGGAAGACCUAGACAUUUCGAGAAGGGACCGCGAGGACACCACCCGUGAUAGAGAUCGUGUAAAGAACGCACUCGGUCUGACAAGCUCGGAGAAACAACAGCUUGAGAGGGUCCGCAACGAACUGAAUGAGCAGAUUGAGCAGCUGAACAGCGAGAAUGAGAAACUUCAGGCAGCAAAUUCUGAACUGCAGAGACAGAGAGAUAACCUCGAGGACGACAAAGAUGAUAUCACCAAGGACAAGGAUAGACAGAUCAAGGAGAAUGAGAGAUGCCAGCGUAUCAUUGAGCAGCAGGAGCACAAGAAUUCCAGCUUGAAGGAGGAACUGGUUGCCACAAAGGAGGCUCUGAACAGGGCACUUCUUGACAAAGAGGUGCUGGACCAACAGCGACAGGAAGUCGGCGAGGCUCACGCCAAGGCUGAAAUGGUGAAGACUGAGCUUGAGGGAGAGCUCCACAAGUCUCGCUCGGAGGAGGCUGCCCUCAAGGACGCCCUCGCCAAGAUGCAGGCACUGAACGAAGGCCUUGGUCAGGACAAGAUUGAGCUGAACAGAAUCAUUAUGCAGAUGGAAGCUGAAAAGGCUGCUGUGUAUGGUGAGAAACAAGCCCUGGAACAGGAACGUACUGGUAUCCGUGAAGAGCUGGUUCGUGUUGAGCAAGAAAAGAUGGACCUUGACACUGAAAAAGCUGGUUUGAACCAGACUCUGGAGCUCAGUGAGAUGACCCGACAACAGCUCGAGGAGGAGAUCCAUAUUCUUAACCGUGAGAAGGCCGAUGUAACAGAGCAACUUAAUGCUUAUUGUUUUCUGGUAUUGUUGACUGGUUCCUGUUAUGCAGUGGUUUCUUUGUACAAAUUUAAGGUCACUGCCACUGAACGUGAGAACCGACAACAGAGUGAGCUCAUUGCUGCCCUCCGUAUGGACAAGGAAGGCCUCGAGGGCAACUUAUACGAGUCUGCCAAUAAUCUUGCUCAGCUUGAGGUUAAGAAACAACAACUUGAGGUUGAAAACCAAGACCUCCUGGUCAGAAAGGAGAACCUUCAAGGUGAGAUUGCCCGCCUUGUGAAAGAGAAGGACGCUGACCUUGAUAAGUAUGAUCACUCGAGAGAGGAUCUCCAGAAACGCCUGGCACAGCUGGAGAGAGACAUGCAGAUGGCUCUCACACAGGAGAAACAGGCUCAUGAGGAUGAUGUUGAUAGACUUAUGAGGGAAAAGGACCGCCAGAGAGCUGAGUUGGAGAACGAGCGAGAAUCAAUCUUGCACAAGCAUGCCCUUGAGAAGGAAGAAAUGCAACAGAACUAUAACAAACUGCAGGAGGAUUCUGAAGAACAAAUAUCUGCUCUGUCCAGAGAAAGGGAUAACUCUCUCCUCAUGGCAGAGAAUGAUAGACAACAGACAAUUUCUCUGCUGGAACAAGAGAAGAGCACUUUGUUGGAGAAGAAUAACAAUUUGAACAUGGAGCUGGCUGGAGCGAAUGUUGAGUAUGAGAGACUCAAGCGCGAAUCUCAGGCCCGCCAGGAACAAGACCGCAGCAACAUCAACUCCCUCCAGUCCGAGCUAAAGAACUUCAGGUCCCAGUUUGAGGAAACAUGUGAAAACCAUGAGAAGGAGUGCAAGAAUCUGACCAAUCAGAUCAGAGAUGUUGAACGCCAGAAAGAGGCUGCCAUGCGAGAGGUCGGAGAGUUGAAGGUGCAACUGAAACUUGUUGAGGAAACACGAGAUAACAUCAGACGUGACCUUAUUGAAGCCAACAGGAGAAUCAGAGAAGGGGAAGAACAGAGGGACCAGAUCAGGAAGGAUAUGGUAGAGUUGAAGAGGAACAUGAAUGAUGAGAUCAGAGAGAAGGAAGCCGUGAGCAAGACUGCCGAGGAACUACGUAGCACUGUGAGGAAGAACGAGACUGACAAGAUUGAACUGAACCGUGCUCUCGGCGAUACCAGACAGAGAGCUGCAGUCCUUGAUGAACAGAAGGGAGCUAUCACCAAAGAGGCAGCUGAUCUUCGUGCCAGUCUGCGUGAGGUCGAGAAGGCCCGCCUUGAUGCCAGACGUGAACUCCAAGACCUGCGCCGCCAGGUGAAACAGCUGGACAGCGAGAGAAGCAAACUGGGUCGCGAGGUCAUUGACCUUCAGCAGAGAAUUUCCCGUGAUGAAGAGAAGGAGGACGAGUCAAGACGCUGUCAGUUUGAUCUAAAACAGAAGGUUGUUGAGGGUGAGGCUAGCCGAGAGGCCCUUAGAAAGGAGAUCAACAAUCUCCAGCGUAAGAUGGCCGAGGCCCAGGAUGAAGCUCGCCUUAAGGAGAAGGAUUACCAUAUGGCCCUUGAAGACAGUCGUCGUGCUGAGAAACGUAUGGAAGACCAGAGACGUAACCUUGAAAUCCAACUGGAAAAUUUGAGUGCCGAGGAUGCCGAGAUUAGACUUAAACUGAGCGGUUCAGAAGGUCGUGUCAAUGCCCUCGAGGCACAGUUGGCAAGACUUGAGGGAGUCAAGAGGGAUAUCGAAUUCAAGCUGAACAGUAUUGUAUCUAGCCUUAGGAGAACAAUUGGGUUCCGACAGGAAAUGCCAAGAUCCAGGAGCCCAAUCAGGUCCCGAAGCCCAAGCCCCAAGAGAUCAAGACCAACCUCACCAUCUAAAGGAUUUGAGAACACUUUCGCCACUACCACCGAAGGACGUGGAAGUCCAAUUCCACGCACAGGAUCUCCUGAACGCACUGCCAGUCCAUCACGUGCCCUGCGUGGCCUAUCACCUACCCGAGAGGUUCAGAUCUCUGCCAGCGACGUUGACCCAGAAGCUGUCAGGAUGGCACUCAGGGACUUUGUCAACCAGCUUGCCAAUGCUGAGAGGGAAAGAGAUGAUGCAGUAUGCCAGAUGCGUAACAUUGGUGUACAGUACAAGGAACUAGAACAAGAAAGGGAGAGAACUGAGAACAGACUUCAACAACUACAGAAAUCCAUGUGUGAAGUAGAGGAAGACAAACGUGGAAUUGAUGGCCGCCUUGCCAGUGCCCAGACUGCCCUCAUGCUCCAGGAGGAGACAAUCCGCCGCAAUGAACGUGAGAGGAAAGCCAUGGCUGACAAGAUCAGUGGCUUGGAGCGUACCGUUGCUGCCAAGGAAUCAGAACAAAGACAGACACAGGAGAGGAUUGCCAAGAUGAGACAACAGGAGGGCCGUCUUGAGGACGAGAAGAAGAAUCUCCGUAAUGCCCUUGAGGAGGCUGACAACAGGUGCACACGCCUAGAACUGGCCCGCAGAUCUGCCGAGGGUGAAUUACAGAGAAUGAAGCUGGCACUGAAUGACAAGGACACUGAAAACCAGGUUCUACAAGACCGUGUGGAAUCCCUGACCAAGAAUAUCCAGGAUCUGGAAGGCAAGGCACAGUCCCUACAGCUGACUAUUGACAGACUGAGCUCCGCCCUCACCAGGACCGAGGAGGAGGAAAACCAACAGAAAGAAAAGGUUCAUCAUUUGAACUCUUCAUUGUCCGACAACCAGGCCACUAUUGCAGAACUUGAGGAACGCCUCACUCACCUCCAGAGGGCGCUAACUAGUAGUGAGCAUGAUCGUAGAAUAUUGCAGGAACGUCUUGAUACUACCAGACAAGGUUUGAAUGAGGCAAAGAAACAGAACCACAGUCUCCUGGAACGAGUCCAGAGCAUGCAGAGUGAGCUAAGUGAGGCUGAAGUGAACAGAUCCGAGCUUGACGGACAGAUCAGACAAGGUCACAGUGUGCUUCUACAGAGACAAGAAGCUGAGCAGGAUUUGACGAUGAAGAUUGAAAAAUUACAGGCAGAGAGGUCAAGCCUCCAGGAGCGAGUUCAGGCCCUCCAGCGUGCCCUUGCUACCCUCGAAACCGAGAAGCGUGAGACUGAACGAGAUCAAAUCAGGCUCGAGAAAGAUAAAUCCGCUCUGCAAAAAACUCUUGACAAGGUUGAACGUGAAAAGUUGAGGUCAGAGGAGCUUGCUAGCAAGACUGUUAUGGAACGUACCAGCCUGGACCGUAGUCUGUGCAAGGUUGAAGAAGACAACGCUGACCUAGCAACCAAGGUUCAAAACCUGCAGGCCCAACUGGCAGAGGCAGAGCAGCAACAUGCACAAAGAUUUUGGUGGGACCGAUUUGAGGAGGCCCAGGCGUUAAUUCGCCAGUUAUUAGGGUUGAUUGACCUUACAACGCGUCACCGUGCCGAGACCGAGAUGGAAACUGAGCGUCUGCGCCAGGCACAGAUGCAGGCUGAACGUCUGCUUGACUCGAGAGAACGUGCCAAUAGGCAGAAAGUCAAGGGCAUGGAAGAAACGAUUGCUACAUUGAAAGACCAGCUUGCGACUGAGAUGCGUAAACGUCAGCAGUACAUUCAGAGAAGUGCUCGCACUGGCGAUGAGAUCAAUGACAUCCGUUCCAUGUUAGAUAACUCCCUAACAACUGUAGGCCGAGAUCCCAGUCUGGAUAGACAACUUCUGGAAAUCGAAACACGUAAACUUGAUGAUUCUCUAGAUGUGCACAGUUAUCCAGCAAGAACACCAACUCGCCGAAGAUCACCAAUGCGCACACAGGCCACACCACCAACUCGCCUUGGGGCUCGGUCUCCAUUUGGACGCACUGGUAGCCCAAUGUCUAUGCGUAAAUUGAAAAAAUAGUGCCUAACAUUCAUAUAGUUUUACAAUUAGAGGAACUAUUGUAGAACUGCUAUAUCUUUGUGUAGGAAAGAUAAAACAGUUUCACAACAACCCUCAACAAACUUUUUAUUGUUUCAAGUGCAACUUCGAUCAUUACAGUGAUUGUUUGUAUAGAACUUUAAAUCAAAUUUCAUUCAUUUCAAGGAAGUGUUAACUAAGUCAUAGGUAAAGUCAAAUCAAAAGGGACUAUUACAGUAGAUAUAAACCUUUCAUGAUUUAUAUUAGAUAGGUAUGCAAACCAAAAAUAUUUGCAUUAUUUAAAUUGUAUAAUCUCCACAACAAUAAAAAUUCACAUAGUUACGUUGUAUGGCUUAGUCAUAUUUCAAAUACACAUAAGGAAUAUAUUUGGUACACAUUUUAAACUCACUUGAAAGAGAUGAUUUAGAAUUUGUUGUAGAAUUAGGUCUUUGUUCUAUUUUAUUCACUACUUUUUCAUCCAGACAAAGGGAGUGAACUGUGAGCUAGCCGCUAAUUGCUGCCUGUUUUACCAGUCUGUGAUUUCGUGUGUACUUAGUCACAAAAGCAAUUUUUGAUAAUUGGCAUAGAUGCAAUUUUACCUACAGUUGUUGUUUUAAUAUUUUACAAGCAUAUAUGUGAUAUAAUGUUUUGUUUUUGAUGUUGCAUUGAUACACAAGUAGUUAGUGUUUUUGUUUUGACCAAAGACAACUUCUAUCAAUAUGACACUUGUAGCAAUAAGUUAUAAAUUUAUAUCUUCAGAUUACAUAACUUGUUUAUUAUAAAGUUUUUGCAGUCAUUAAAAAGACUAGAAUUACAAUAAAAAAACUUCAUUAAGAGAUUAUCAGUGUAGCAGAAGAAUACAUCAUUGGCCCAAUAUUUACAUGUUAUCUGGUCUAUGUCCAAUAACUGACUUAGACCCAAUUUUUUCUGCUAUCUGGUUUGCAAAUCUAUCUUUAAAUAUGGCUAAAUAUAAACUGUCUGUUAUAUAAUUAAGGUAUUUAUUAUUAAUUUAUACACUCUAAAGUUUGCUUUUUUGCUUUCAUAUAUAAGCUACAAGAUGAUAUUGGAUAAAGUGUCAGUAUUAAAAUAGAUAGUUGCAAAACUGAAACUUUUUGUGUCACAUUUAUUUAUUGCACACUUGCAGCUUGUUGGAGAUACCCACUUGUAUAUGACCAAAAAGUGAAUAAAUGUUUCACAAACAACAGUUUUGCAAUGUCACACAUUAAUCGGGAUUUAAUAAUUAUAUACACUGUGAUAUGGAGUUAUUGUAUAAUCAUCAACAUUGUUUUUUUUUCUUUGCUUUAAUUAUGUAUAGUGCACAAUUAAUUUAUUACAACCACCUGUUAAUACAGAGAUACUGGCCCUGGCUAAAUCAUCUUGAGAUAACUAUUUGCACAUAUACGAUCUUUGUGACAUUGUCAGUUUGUGGCCCAGGCAAGACUGAAGAACUUAAGUUUUUGUUCCCAAGUAAAUGUCUAAGGGGUCAAAGUUUUAAGAAUAAGCUUGGAGACCAGUCAAACACAACAUUGCAUCUGAUUGGCUGAGCCUUAGCAUGACUUGAAAUUAACCAAUGGCAUUGUAAUACUGGUAUUCAAACUUAGCGAAGUCCCAGUAUUUCUGUAUAACAUUAAGAAAUUGCUGAUAAAUGCUUAAUUAGUAGAAUUUCUAAUAUUCAAAUUAGUGUUUUGAAGCUAAGAAGCUUUUAUGCAAUAAGAUGAUAUAAGUUUUGCAUUGAUCAUUGACAAAUCCUGCUGAAGAUAGUGGAAAGGUGUGGACAAGAUGAGCUAUAGGUCCAGCUACAGUAUUUUACUAGGCAGCAAAGCAUCCCAUUGACCCAGAUAUUUUUGCCCAUGUGCUUUAUAUUCAUUCCAUCUCACUGACUCAGAUUAGUUCUCAUGCUGAUAUUCCGUCCAAACAAAAUGGCUGCCAUGAUACAAAAGGGGAACAAAAUAAGCGAUUGUGAUACAUAUUUUUGAUGUACGUGUCGCUGUAAAGAAUUGUGUAACUGGGAAAAUGGUGUAUAUAUUAAACCAUGUUUGAUUUAAAAGAAAUAUUUAUUUUUUAUACAGUGUACUGAUCAUGUGCUGAUUGUAUGUUUCUAAAAUUAAAAUACCAAUUUUUGUUUUUACUGUUUAUGUCAAAGUUUAAAUUGUAUGUUGUGUUGUUUUAGGUAUUUGAAUUCAUUUUUAGACUGGCAGGGUUGGAAAAUGUAUUACUGAGUGUUUUAUAAUUGUAUGAUUUGACUGGCAUAGUUAUUGCCUAGUCACAAAGACUGGCCAUCUUUAAUAUAUAGUACAUGUAGAUGUGAUUGCAUCAGAAUUAGCACUGUUGUUUUCUUUGGUAUAUUUCAUACACUUUUACUGAGCAAAAAUAUAAUAUGAGUUUCACACAUUUAGGUGAAUUUUCAGAGCACGACCUUUCUGAAGAUUUUGUGUAGUUGUUUACAAAUUGAAAUCGAAGUCUUAAUUUCUGUGUGUAUAUUAUUACAAGAAGUAUAGACACAAGUUUGAAAAAAAUCAUUUAGCAGACCUCUCAGUGGUUUAUUUAUUUGAAGCUAUAUGUAUGAAAGUUAGUAAGAUUUUAUAAGAACUGCCUUAUACUGAUGAUGUAUUUUUUUUUAACAUUUUAUCGGUAAUUGUGUAGAAGUACAAUAUUACCCCACCCACAUAUUUACACAGCUUGGUGUGUUAGUUUGGAUCACAAAAGUUAAAAAUCUCUUAGGUUUUAGUUAUUUUCUUUUUCAUAUCUUAUUCAUAUCUUAUUCUUUAUAUAUUCUUUUUUUCUCCAGAGGGUUUACUCUUUACUCUUUCAGGCUUUGCACAUUGUCUUGAUUUGGAAGCAAACUUGUCUCUCAGUUUUGAUGAGAAUUUAUCUAUAUACUUUUUAACAUUUUAUCUAUUUUUAGACAGUCAUAGAAAUCCGUCCCUUUGUAUUUUUUUCUGUUAAAGUUUUUGUUAGUUUCUUUAUUAUCCAUUAUGAGUUACACUAUGUACUCUUCACUUCAAACCAGGAAUAAAGUGUGUUUAAUAUAGAA